UGUGCGUGCUUAGCUUCAGUUCGUCGCAGUGCUUCUUAUUGGAUAAUUAAAAAUGUUCGAAGAAGCUUUAUAUUUUUUUGUUUUUUUGUUUAUUGUUUUAAUUUUUCUGUGGUAUGUUGUGCAAUGGAACUAUCUUCUCGCAUUAAAAAAUGUACCUGGACCAAUUGCGUUACCCGUCAUUGGUAAUAUGCAUCAGCUUACAACCGAUACAACAAAAUCAUUACCUGUCUUUAUGGAUUUUAAGAAACGAUACGGAAACAUUUUCAAACUUUUUAUUGGAUUUCAGGAAACAGUAGUUAUUAUAUCGGAUCCAGAUCUUGUUCAAGUACUUUUAGGAACAACGGGACCGUUACAUAAAUCGAGAAUAUACCGCUUCUUGUUCGACUGGCUUGGGCACGGUUUACUUACAAGUCCUCCUGCAAGAUGGAAAAAAUUUAGAAAAAUUAUAACACCAGCUUUUCACUUCACUAUAUUAGAACAAUUUUUAGAAAUAUUUCAAAGAAACGACAAUGUGUUUUUAAAAAAGUUGGAAAAGGAAUUGCAUGGCAAUUCUUUUGAUGUGUACCCAUAUGUGACACUUUUAACUUUGGACAAUAUCGUAGAGACUUCAAUGAAUACGAAAAUUAAUGCCCAAGAAAAUUAUCGUUCUCCAUAUGUAGAAAGCACAAGAGAGUUAUCUAAUAUUUUAGUUAAAAGACAAUAUCAAAUAGCAGAAGGGAAUCCUAUUUUGUAUAAAUUUACUAAAACUUACGCUAUAGAAAAGAAACAUUUAAAUGUAGUGCAUAAUAUGACUGAAAAAGUGAUAAAGCAAAGAAGAUUAGAAUGUUUAAACAGCACAUCAAUUGACAGUAUAGAUUUAAACGAUGAUUCUAUAGGAAUAAAGAAAAAGAUUGCAUUUCUUGAUUUACUAAUGAUGAGUACAGUUGAUGGAAGACCAUUAACUGACAGCGAACUUAAAGAAGAAGUCGACACAUUUAUGUUUGAAGGUCACGAUACUACAGCAUCGGCCAUAAGCUAUACCCUCUAUUGCCUUUCAAAACAUCCCGACGUACAACAGAAAGUAAUGAAUGAAAUAGAAUCAAUUUUCGGUAACGAUACUGAGAGGCCGGCUACAUCUUCUGAACUUCAAGGAAUGAAAUAUCUUGAUCUCGUUAUAAAAGAAACAUUAAGACUUUAUCCGACCGUACCCAUGAUUGCUAGACAGGUCCAAAAUACUUUUGAAUACAAUGGUGUAAAAUAUCCGGAAGGAACGACAAUGCAAAUAUUUAUCUAUGGCAUAUUGCAAGAUGAAAAAUAUUUCAAAGAUGCUACAAAAUUUGAUCCAGAUCGUUUUCUAGAAAUAAACAAUUUGCAUCCCUAUGCGUACAUACCAUUCAGCGCAGGCCCUAGAAAAUGCAUUGGGUUUAGAUUCGCAUCAUUAGAAAUCAAAUCAACGAUUGUGAAUGUGUUAAGGCGAUACGAAAUUUUGGAUGCUCCAGAUUGUAAAGUAAUUAUGUCUAACGAAGCAGUUUUAAAAUCGGCUACUGGUAUUAAUAUCAGAAUAAGAAGGCGACGAUAUUGACUCUUGUAAUGAAAGAUUAAUGUAAUGUUCUGAUCUGGGAACAUUCUGUAUAAUUUUAUUAUAUUGUUUAAAUAUAUAAUACAAAUCUAUAAAUUUA